GGAGGCCCCCGCCGGCGGCGCCCCGCCUCAGCCGCGGCGGCGGGGGAGGAGGAGGAGGAGCGGCGGAGCGCGCCCGGUGCGAUGUGGCAGCGGUCGGUGUGCGUGGGCCUGCUGGCCCUGGCGCUGGGCUACCUGUGCGUGCUGGGCCCCGAGCUGCCCCCCGCGGCCCUGCGGCAGCUCUCGGCCUCGCUGCUGGGGACGCUGCGCCGCGCCCGCUCGCUGGAGGCGCGCACGGUGGCGGCCUGGCAGGCGGCCAUUGUCCGCCCCGCGCGCGGCUGGGCGCGCGUCGCCGUCGGCGUCAACGCCUGCGUGGACGUGGUUCUGUCCGGGGUGAAGCUGCUGGAGGCGCUGGGCCUGGAGCCCGGCGAGGGGAAGAACCACGCGGUGCUGAGCUCCGGGCAGGACCUGAGGGAGGCUUUUGCCCACUUCAUGGAGCGGGGGGCGGCCGCCGAGCGCUUCUUCAGCGACGCCGACGCGUUCCGGGACAUCGCGCGCACGGCCUCGGAGCACCCCGCGGCACAGCUUUACGUGGGUGGAAAUGCUGCUCUCAUCGGGCAGAAGCUCGCAACAAACCCGGACCUGAAGAUCCUCCUUUGUGGCCCAGUUGGUCCCAAGCUCCACGAACUGCUCGAUGACAAUGUGGUUGUGCCGCCUGAAUCCAUGCAGGAAAGAGAUGAAUUCCACCUUAUCUUGGAAUAUCAAGCAGGUGAGCAGUGGGGCCGGGUGAGGGCGCCCGCUGCCAACCGCUUCAUCUUCUCCCACGACCUGUCCAACGGCGCCCUGAACAUGCUGGAAGUGUUUGUGUCCAGCCUGGACGAGUUCCAGCCAGACCUGGUGGUGCUUUCAGGACUUCACAUGAUGGAGGGGCAGAGCAAGGAGAUGCGCCAGAGACGGCUCAUGGAGGCUGUGGCCUCCAUCUCUGAUAUCCCAACUGACAUUCCCAUCCACCUGGAGCUGGCCAGCAUGACUGAUCAGGAUUUUAUGAGCAACAUUAUGCAUCAGCAGGUCUUUCCCCUGGUGAACUCCAUCGGGCUGAACGAGCAGGAGCUGCUGUUCCUCACGCAGGCCGCCUCGGGCCCCCACGCCUCGCUGGCCUCCUGGAGCGGCAUCCCCGACGUGGGGGUGGUCAGCGACAUCCUCUUCUGGGUGCUGAAGGAGCACGGCAGGGCGGCGGAGCGCGCCUCCGACCUGACGCGGAUCCACUUCCACACGCUGGCCUACCACAUCCUGGCCACCGUGGACGGGCACUGGGGCAACCAGGCGGCGGCGGUGGCGGCGGGGGCCAGGGCCGCCGGCACCCAGGCCUGCGCCACCGACACCAUCGAUGCCACCAAGGUGUUCCUCAAAGCCCCGCUGGAGUUCGUCACCUCCCACACGGAGGCGCCGUCCAAAAUCUCCCUCAACCCGGACGAGCCCGUGGUGCGCUGGCACAGGGACGGCAUCUCCUUCCACUUCACGCCCGUGCUGGUGUGCAAAGAUCCCGUCCGGACCGUGGGGCUCGGGGACGCCAUCUCGGCCGAGGGACUGCUCUACUCCGAAGCGUAUCCUCAGUAGGAAAGCAGGAGCCUCCUUCUUCUCCAGCGUGUGUCUGAGGCCCGUGGAUUGGGAUUUGAAGCAGUGGUGGUGUAGGGACAGAAGCAGGGUGUGGUGUUUUCUGGGUAUAACUGAAAAGAGCCAAAGAAUAAUUCCAGGUAUAAACUGUCGGCUACAUUCCAGUCACUGGGCAGUGACUCAAGCGCUUCACGUGCAGGUCAGGUGCAGAUGUUUUAAUAUCUAAUGUGAAAAUUGGCUUUGUCUUAAGGGGGAGGGACACAAAGACCAAAAUCCCUGGCUGGCAAAGUUUGCUCUUUGUAGCUCAGAAUGGAUCUUUCCUGGGAGUGCUGGAAAGUGCAGCAGCAGCAGAAUUUCCUGCCCCUGGAUCCCAGGGAGAGCACAGCAGUGCCCUGGCCUGCCUCACCUCUGGUAAAUUCAAAAUAAAAGCCUUGUGGGUUAUCUCCUCCCAGCACACUGCAAACCUUGCUUGGGGUGAGGAUGGAAUUACUGCCUGGUGCAAUCACCUCUCCGUGUGCCCAGCCCCAGAGGGAGCCACGGGCCCAAAAUGUGACACAGACUGAACCUACUCCAGGCUGCACACGUGAUUCUGGAUAUCUGUGACUAAGGGUGUUCAACUGAGCCCCAGCAGCCUGUGCUUAGUUUUUUAGGAAACAAGCAGUGAAGAUAAUCAGGGUUUCUGAUAGGGGGACAGCUCUGUUUUCCUGCCAGGAAACCCCCAAACUAUUCCCAGUGUUGGCUGUACACUAAAUACGCUGCUAACAGUUGAUGUGUUACAGACAAGCUCAAGUGCUGGAGACUCAUUUUGGCUUGUUUGAGAGUGGCUGUGCCAAAUUCCUCAGUCUCUCUGCCCUCUAUUAGGAAAGAUUAAUAUAUUAGGGAAGGUCCCUCUGGAAGCUCAAAAGCUGCAAGAGCAUUUUCCAGGUGAGACUGAAGUGAGGAAGCCUUUUCAGGGUUUGAUGUUGGGGUUUUUUGACUAGGUCACUGAUAGUUUCCUUUGCUCUGCCCUUUGAAAUUAAAAAAGCAGAAUCAUGUGUCCUCGUUAAAUACUUUGCUUCUAUUUUUUUACCUUUUCACAGUCACACACUAAGAACUGUAGAGCACCAGCAUGGUUUUCUCCUUUCCAGCAUGGUUGUCUCUGCCCCUUCAGGAACCUGCAGUGCAUUUGCACAGCUCUCAAGCCAGUUUCCAGUAGGACUGGGUUCAGUGCAAUCAGCAGGUCUGGGCAAGCCUGUGCCUUAGCAGGGCUUGGUGGAGGUUGUUCCAGGCCACCUGGGUGGAGGGAGGAGAGUCUGUGUCACUCAGGCUGCAGUGAUCUGUUGCAGUAACGCUGUCAGGCUGCUGUCAGGGCUGUUCUCGGUUGGGAAGAGCCAUCCUGGCUGCUCUGCAGGGAUUGGGAAUUGGCAGCUGCUGUACUUGCACUGACUCAGCACACAGUGCUGUCUGUCGUGUGUGUUCAGCUUUCCCCUGAGCAGAGUCUCCUGUGCUGUGUUCUGCUGCAGCUCAGCCCACCCUGAGCUUCCCUUGAGUGUCAGCAUUUUAUCCAGGUGCAGGAUCUUCUUAAGACUGGAGGCAUUUCUACCCAGAUUAUUUUUUUAUGAUGAUGCUUAUUAUUACUGUUAUUAUUAUUACUGAUAAACUGUAGCACAGGA